CUCUUUAUUCACACACACACGUACACACACCGGGGGGUUUGGUUUGUCCACCCGACAUCAUACCACCAUAUGAAUGCACCGGCUGGCUGACAAAUACAUGCAGCCAGGGGGAGGCUGACAACCACAGGACCAUGGAAGGAUAAAUAAUACCAGACAGGCUCACGCGAGGUCUUUGUCAGCUGCUGUGAUUGACAUGCUCAGCACACACAGACAGACAUACAAAUGCAGACAGCUACCAAAACAGCUACAAAUAGAUACAUAGAUACAUAGGCACACACACACAUACGCACACGUGGUGUCUCAUCCGUUCGUCGUCAAGAUCGCCAUCCCAUGACUUCCUUCCACUCCGAAAGGUUGGCUACAUGGAUGUGCUCGCCAUUGCGGUACACCCUCGGCCCCCGCCCAUCGACGAAAUACCGCGGGUCGGUGCCACCCAACAGCACAGGAUACCUGUGUAGUGCACGACAACCAGUAGUAGUACACAGACAGACGCAUUGCAUUGACUGUGGUCGUCAGUCAUCCUUCAUCCACCGACCUGUGUGGGUUGCAGGCGACGAACCAUGGCAGCUGACGCACCUGACGGAUGGUCAUGGUAGGAAAGAAGCAGCAGUGUGGGCACUGCAGCGGACUGACUGACCUUCAAGAUGUCGUAUUCUGGCCCAAGCUGCAGGCAGUGCGGUGCGCCCACAUGAAAAAAAACAGACACCACACAGACCACACAGACAGUCACCUGUGUCCCUCCUGUCCGUAGUAGGGCUGGUUGGUGGACUGACUGACUUUGGCUGACCUGAUCCGGGGGCACGUAUCUCGGCAUGAAAUCCCUGCAAGCCAUCCCAUCAGUAAGUACAUCAGGCAACGAUACAUGUACACCACCACCAUACUUGUCUCUCACCUGGUCCACCCCUCAUGCCACAGCCGCCUCUGUGCCCACUCCACCCGCGCCUCCCACACACUCAGCGAUCGAUUAGUGUCACGCAGAGACGACAACACAGCGGCAGCGCUUUUGUCUGUCCCUUCCAGUAAUCUCCGGCGCAGUGCACGUCUGUUCGAUGAUGCGAUGGGGCGGCCCCAGAGGACCCUCUGAAUGGCACUGAGCAGCCGCUGGGCGGGGCCACGCUGCUCAGGCGGGAUGCGAUUGUAUAUAUCUGCCGGCAUGUUGCUCAGGCCGCUGCCGAAUAGUGACUCCCCGAAGGCGGGCGAGUCCUGGGCGUAGAUCUGCCCAAAGCCCUCGCCAUAGGAGGUGACUGAAAGAGGGGACAGCGCAUGGACAUGUCUCAUGCGCCGGAUGGAUGGCGGCUGACGUGUGUGUGUCGUGACAUACGUACACUUGAGGAAGAGGAAGGGCUGGAACGCGUAGUCUGUCAGAUGCCAGCUGAAGGCACAUGCACACAUGCACACAGGCGAACACACAAAGAGGACAAUACACACAGUGCCAGCGGUGUCUGUCUGUCUGUCUGUCUGUGUGUGUGUGCUGGUUGGCCAGCUGACCCGCCAUACAGCAUGUGCGGCCCUGACGCCCUGUACACAAAGCCCUCACUCUUCGCCACCACAAAGGGCUGCACACCACACCACACCACACCACACCACAGCACAAAACACGUUACAAGACCGUGCUCCAGCCGAGUCGAGCCGGCUGUGCAUCCGUCCGCUGACUUACGACGACACUGAUCCUGGGAAUGGAGGCGUGGUCGAGGUUGAGCUGCAUGUGGAUGUCCUUGAAGCGAGAAAAAACCAGAUUGAAGUGGCCCGCCCAGCUGAGGAUGGCGAAGCCGCUCUUGGCCGCCGGGUCCACCCGCUCGCAGUGCCUGACCAGCUUGACCACAUCGCCCGCGGGGAUCUACACGGAGGCACGCACGCAGAAUGCAACCAGACAGACAGACAGGUAGAGCGACAAAUGAUGGCAGACAGGCAGACAGACACGCACAGACACGCAAUGGGUGUCUUGUCUUGUCCGGACGGACCUCGUCGGAGUCGGACAUGAUGACUAUGUCAUGGUCGUGUCUUAGGUAUCUAUACCCCUCGUCCUCGUUUCUCUUGAGGAACUGCCGCAUCACCUCAUCUCGCGCCCAGCUCUGCGUGGCCCAACUGAGCGCAUUGGGCGCAGAACUGACCAUCAGUGAAGGGAGAGCGUGCGUGUGUGUGCGAUUGUGUGCUUACACACCAGCUUUGGCUUUCUUGGUGGGGGCACUUGGACGACUGGCCCUCCAUCGUCGCUUUGUCGAGCUCAAUGGCCAUGAUGCGAUCCUUCAAAUGGGCAAACCUGUGCAGGCCAUUGAAGAGAAGGCGGCAUACACCACACCAAUUGCUGUAUGCCACCACACACACACACACACACCGACCCACCUGGCAUUCGACUCCAGCGCCUCCUUCAUGACCAGAGGCUUGGCCAAACCCGUCGUCGAUAUGCGACUUAACACGAACACACACACACAUACACACACGCACACACCGCAGGCGGUCACGACACAUACACGACGGCGAUGGGUCGGUGUUUCCUCCACCGUACCUUUCGCCGACGACAAACAGAUCUACGACGUGACGCAGCUCCUCAAACCGAAUCUCAGCAAUGUCUGCCAGACCAACACACACACACACACACACACACACGUGCCAUUAGCUGCAGGCAGGCAGGCAGGAUGCCCCCCUGUUACCCACCCAGGUCGUAUCCAAAGUAGAAAACGGCUACGAUUCUCCUCGGCUCUGCAAGUGCCUUGCCGGUGAACAUACCCAGGUGCCGAUCGUUGGCAGAGCAGUCGGCCUCUGUGAAUGUGGUGUAGUUGGCGGGCGGCCCACACGUCGUGUUCAGGGGUUGCAGGGGCGGGGCCAUCACAUACGUCGUCAUGGCGUCCAGCACCACCUGCUGCAGCUCUGAUUGCAGGAGAGGGCAAGUCAAUCACUCACUGUCUGCCUGUGCACUCUGCUGUACACGGAUCAAGUGCGUCGCUAGGUACGGUACCAUGUGGUGCCUUCGGCCGGUAGGCCCUCUUUGGGAUGUCAGCCCAGUCGAGAUGCUCCAGUGCGCCGACGUAUGACGGGUAGAAAGAUCCACCCGAUUCCUCAGGCUCGGCAGCACCUGCACCCAUAGCCUCAGGGACAGCCGUUGACGUCUUGACAUGAAGCCGCGGCGGUUCGCGAAGAGAAGAGGGAAUGGUGGACUGAACUCGGCACACAGGAAGGGAAGGAGAGCAGACAGCUAGAUACCCCACACACAGCUCGCUGUUGCGGCCUUACGAUUCGGUCGUAGAAGGAGGAGUCGAGCAGAUCGGGACCGAGAGGCCCAUACAGGACUCGGUGGCCGAGAAUGAACAACAGAAAGGUGCCCGCAGCGAUAGACAGAACCAGGUUCUGAAGGAAGCCACACAGAGGGCGCAAAACAGUGGGCAGCGUCGUGAGCGUGACGACGCUGUUGUGUACCGUACCCUCUUCUUGGCAUUGUGGUCGAGCGCCUUGCCAGCGACGUGCUCUCUCUGGGGCUGAGGUGGCAGAUCUGCCUGUGUGAGAUCUUUUUUCCUGCUGGCCGGCUCAUUAGGGUCAGGUGGUGCGAGGUAGAUGAGGUCGUCAGUGCUGCUGUCAGAGUCGCUGUCCGACGUGUUGCGCCCGUCCCUCAU